AUGGUCCUUGGAGGAACAUCCGCCUCUGCUCCAGGCACAAGCCAAACUCCAGACAUCUCUUCAACUAUUACUCUGAGGACGGCUGAGGAGAAAAUGUCUUCUACUUUGCCCACAGCUACAUCCACCCCCUCUCUGCCAAACACCUCCACAGGAAAGUCAACACUAGAGGAGACUACUGUGGGCACAACAACCAUCAUCUUAGAAACUGACAGCACGGUCUCCCAGGCCACCACUGUGGGUACUACAACCACCACGGUGGAAACCUACAGCACAGUCUCCCAGGCCAUGACACCUACCAAUACUAAAGAUUUGCUCUCUACUCCAUCAUCAGAAACCUCUGCC